UUUUAACUUAAAAAAUCACAGAUUUACGUAAAAGUUUGAAUAACUGAAGAGAAAAACGUUGAAAUGAGCGGCAUCCACGCGAUGGAAUCCUGCUACAUGUAACAACCUUGUGUAAAAUGGCCCUUGAAAAAUAACUUGAAAAAAAAUGCAAGUCUGGUCUGGUUUCCGAAAUCGCUGAUAAAUUGCUUCUUUAAAUCGUAGAAACAAACCGAACACGACACAGCACCGACCGCACAGAGUCGUCCUGUUUAUCCUUUGCAUUAUUUGCGUUGCCCUCAGUUUCUGUUUCGAGUGAUAUCUCUUCAGUGCCGCGGAAGGGAAGCAACACAAACACCCGAACAAAGCGUGCUACGACGCCAGCCACUUUCUCUGGUGCUGCUGUUUUCUCCACGAUCACGGAUUCAAGAUGCAAAUCACGGUGCUGGACCCGAACAUGACGGAGGGCACGACCUUCGAGGUGGCCGACGAUAUGGAGGUCGAGAAUCUGAUUGCCCUGUGCCGGAUGGAGUUCAACAUACAGGCCAACACGGAGCUGAAGCUGGCGACGAAGCAGGGCGUCAUGACGGAUCACAAGGAAACGCUGACGCAUUACGGCGUCAAGGAUGGCGAUCUGGUGUGGCUACACAAGACGAACCCACGGCCAGCGCGUCCACCAGCUCCGACUGGUGCCGACCAUCCGCGACUUGCGAACCUCGAUUUCAGCUCCAUCCAAGUGCCGACCAGUCGCGGGGCUGGCGCUAGUAGCGGCGGCGGUGGUGGUAGUGGUGGUGGUGCCUCGGACAACAGCAGCAGCAGCAGCAGCCUGCUGAACCCACGACCCUCACCAUCGGUCGGCAUGGAGGAUGAUCCGGCUGUUGUGCGCGAAAUGUUUCUCUCCAAUCCGGACCAGCUGGCCCUGUUGAAGCAGAACAACCCACGGCUAGCGGAAGCGCUGCUGUCCGGCAAUCUCGAUACGUUUGCAACCGAGCUGCGCAAGCAGAUUGCCGAUCGGAUGGAGAAGCAGCAGAAGCGGCUGCGGAUACUGCAGGCCAAUCCGUUCGACGCCGAAGCCCAACGGCUGAUUGCGGAGGAAAUCAAGCAGAAGAACAUUGAAGCAAACAUGGAGGCGGCGAUGGAGUACAACCCGGAAACGUUCGGUACCGUAGUUAUGCUCUACAUCAACUGCAAGGUGAACGGACACCCGGUGAAAGCGUUCAUCGAUUCGGGCGCACAGGCCACGAUCAUGAGUGCGGCGGCCGCUGAACGAUGCAACAUCAUGCGGCUGGUCGAUACGCGUUGGGCGGGCAUUGCGAAGGGCAUCGGCGUACAGCGGAUCAUCGGUCGCAUCCACAUGGUGCAGAUACAGAUCGAGAACGAUUUCCUCACGUCCAGCUUUUCGGUGCUGGAAGAACAACCGAUGGAUAUGUUGCUCGGGCUGGACAUGCUGAAGCGUCACCAGUGCAACAUCGAUCUCAAGACGAACGUGCUGCACAUCGGAACGACAGGCACCAAGACGCCCUUCUUAACCGAGGGCGAACUGCCCGAGUGUGCCCGCUUGACGGGCAGCCCCGAAGAGGAGAAGCGUGCCCUAGACGAAUCAGCACGAUUGGCCGAGGAACUGGCCCUUAAGGAGGCGCUUAGUCGUAGUACCCAGGGAGAAGCAUCUACGAGCGGUAACAGUAGCAAGCAAGGAAAUAACCAGCAAACCUCAACCAGCACGGUCACUCCUGCCACCAACACCUCAUCAGCGCCAUCAUCAUCAUCAUCAUCCACGACUGCCGCACCCGUACCGAUGGAGCAGGACACGCCGCCGGCGUCGGCCUCACUGCCAUCGUCAGACGAUGUUCCGCUGACGCUACUGCCAACCGAUCGCUUCACUGCGAUGGAUGUGGUCGAGCUGGAAUCGAUGGGAUUCAAACGACAGUUAGUGAUCGACGAACUCAGGGCCGCCAACGGCGAUAAAACGAAGGCAACCUCGGGGUUGUUUUUGAAGUUAGGAUAAAGCUUUGGGAGAUGGGGCCGAUCAACACUCUCCAACUGCAUCUCUUUCUUAAGACACCUCUCACGGGCACACCCCAGACUAGCA